AAAACACAGAGGAACCUUACAGCUGAGUAAAGAACAAAAAUGUUUGCAGGGGAGAAGUUUGGAGAUGUUAAGGAGCGGCCAGCUGCUGCAGCUGAGGAAAUAUAUGACGAUGCUACAAGAGCUGCCGUCGAGAACGAGGCAGAGAUCGACCGUCAGAGCAGAAUGAUGGAUAUCGUUUGGAAACCUCACAUCCCCUUACACAGAACAGACGUCCCACAGCAACAUGUGUGUAAGGAGGAGGAGGCAGAGCAGCAGCUCUGUCACCAGGAGAGGAAGUGCAGUCUGGACCAGGAGGAGCCAGAGCCUCCACAGAUUAAAGAGGAGCAGGAGGGAGAGCAGCUCAAACAGGAGGAGACUGACAUGUUGAUAAUGACUCCUACUAAGGAGGAAAGUGAGCACAGAGAAGCAGAUGGACAAGAUGAACACCAGCUCCUUUCUCACAACUCUCAUGUUGCUGGGAAUCAAGAUCCCAAAGAGAACAAGCAGAAAGACUCAGAGAUAACUGUAAAAUCAAAACAAAGACAAAAGAGAGAUCAAAAACAAACAGGUGAGAGGCUGUAUUCAUGUGAAGUAUGUGAAAAAGGAUUUUUAAAAAAAAUAAAUUUAAAACAACACAUGAGAACACACACAGGUGAGAAACCUUACUCCUGCAGCACCUGUGGGAAAAGAUUCAGUCUGAAACAUAAUUUGACUCUGCACAUUCGUACUCACACAGGUACAAAGCCGUACACCUGUGAUACCUGUGGUAGAUCAUUCACACAGAAACAGUCAUUGACAGUCCACAUGAGAACACACACAGGUGAGAAGCCUUACUCCUGCAGCACCUGUGAGAAAAGAUUCAGUCAGAAAAAACAUUUGAAUCUUCAUCUUCAAACUCACACAGGUGUAAAGCCGCACACCUGUGGUACCUGUGAGAAAUCAUUCACACAUAAAUCUUAUUUGGACCAGCACUUGAAAAUCCACACAGGUGAAAAAACACACAUCUGUACAAAAUGUAACAAAUCUUUUAGACUUAAUUGUGAGUUGAAAGUUCACAUGAGAACACACACAGGUGAGAAGCCUCACUCCUGCAACGACUGUGGAAAAAGAUUCAGUCUGAAAUAUCAUUUGACUCUGCACAUUCGUAAUCACACAGGUAUAAAACCGUACACCUGUGAUACCUGUGAGAAAUCAUUCACAUAUAAAUCUAAUUUGGACCAGCACUUGAAAAUCCACACAGGUGAAAAAUCACAUACCUGUACAAAAUGUAACAAAUCUUAUAGACAUAAAUGUGAUUUGACAGUCCACAUGAGAACACACACAGGUGAGAAGCCUUACUCCUGCAACGACUGUGGAAAAAGAUUCAGUCAGAAAAAAAAUUGGAAUCGGCACAUUCUUACUCACACAGGUACAAAGCCAUACACCUGUGGUACCUGUGAGAAAUCAUUCACACAUAAAUGUACUUUGGACCAGCACUUGAAAAUCCAUACAGGUAAUAAACCACUUACCUGUACAAUGUGCAACAAAUCUUUCAAACAUAAAUGUGAUUUGAUCAUCCACAUGAGAACACACACAGGUGAGAAGCUUUACUGCUGCAGCACCUGUGGAAAAAGAUUCUGUAUGAAAUCAGACAUAUGUCAGCACAUUCUUACUCACACAGGUAUAAAGCCGUACACCUGUGUUACCUGUGGAAGAUCAUUCAAACAGAAAAAGUAUUUGGACAACCACAUAAAGAUCCAUGCAGACAAUUACGCUUGAACUUCCUCUUAAAGAUUUAUUUUUGGCCUUUAUUAGAUAGAACAGUGGAUAGAGUCGGAAACAGGGAGGAGAGCGGGGAGAGACAUGCAGGAAAUGGUGCCACGGGCCGGAUUCGAGCCCUUUGAAUCUUCUACAAGUCACUUGUUACUGGUAUUGACGUCCCCGGGUCCUUGUGCCAGUGUCAAUAGUUCCCACUCUCAACUUUUGCCGUGCAUCUGGAGCCAGCAUCCUGCCACUCUCAUGAAAUUCUCCAACUGAUAAAACUGCCAUAAAUGCCAAGUUAAAGAACAGCCAUGAAACUCUUUCUCCUGUCAGUGUCAUAAACCCCACCAGGUACAGGGACAUCACAAACAGCUCUCUACUGUCAUUACCAACAUCUGUGCACACACCAUCCCUGUUGGCCAUCUUCUGCUCUUAAAAUCUCAAGCAUUUUCAGCAGAAUGCCUCUCUGUCCCACUGUGCCAUCAAUAGAAAAUGAGGUUAGUAAAACUCCCACUGUGUCCUCUCCCAGACAUCCACCCAUCCUGCCAUGAUUCCAGUCAGAGUAAGUGGCAGGAGGAUUGUGAAAUCUAGACAGGCUGUGAGCAAUCAUGGUAUUCAUGUUAAAAAAAUCAAAUUAAAACUAGGGCUGCAAGCAGCACUGAAGGGCCCUCGCAUCCCAGCGCAGGUCGGGGUGUGGCGCAACCGCCCAUUAGUGGCAACAGUGGGGUGUUAGCAAACCCUUGCAUUCUGCUGCAGCAUGGCAGAGAGACCAUGGAGACUGUUCUUUUAGUGUCAUCACGUAUAAAAAAUUUGUAUGGUGCACUUUGUUUAUUAGGUUAUACUGACCCUCAACAGUAGGUGGCAGAGUGACAAAGGUGGAUGCUGAUAUUUUAAAGUGAUCGGGGAAGGACUAUUUGUCAUGAAAAAAACCUGGACAUUCAAUUUUUGAUGUGCUACUGGUGUCUUACAAUAGGAGGCGCUGCAGCAAAAUCAUUAAAUUGUGAAAUUUGAAGGCAAUCGAAUGUUUCAUUAUAGAGUUACACCCACUUCCUGUGUCAUGGCAAAGAAUCUAAUGUUCUCAGUGGUCAAUGUUGGGACAGAUAUUGAGGAAUUAAAGUAUGAUAGUUCCUGGCUAAUGGUGAAGGAUCAAAAUGGCCAACAUGGCCACUGGUGCAUCUGUUAAUGAAACAUGUCAAUGUUGGGACAAAUAUUGAGGAGUUCAGGUCAAAGUCAGAGCAUGAUAGGUUAAAAAAAGAGAGAAAACUGAAAAAAGAUUGGAAUUGUUAUUUUUGAUAAGGUGUUAUUGCAUCUUACAGUAGGGGGCGCUACAGCAAAACCAUGAAAUUGACAUUGAAAUUUACAGAAAAAUGCUGAAAUGACCCAUUUGCAUCACUUCCAGUUGGCAGAGGAGUUGUCCAAAAAGUGGUGUUAUUUUGAAAUUCAGGUGGAGCUGGUGGACUGCCUACCUUGCCAAAAGUAUUCGCUCACGUGUCUUGACUCACAUAUGAACUUAAGUGACAUCCCAUUCUUAAUCCAUUGGGUUUAAUAUGAUGUCGGCCCACCCUUUGCCGCUAUAACAGCUUCAACUCUUCUGGGAAGGCUUUCCACAAGGUUUAGGAGUGUGUUUAUGAGAAUUUAUGUACAUUCUUCCGGAAGCGCAUUUGUGAGGUCACACACUGAUGUUGGAAGAGAAGACUUGGCUCUCAGUCUCCGCUCUAAUUCAUCCCAAAGGUGUUCUGUCGGGUUGAGGUCAGGACUCUGUGCAAGUCAAGUUCAUCCGCACCAAACUCUUUCAUCCAUGUGUUUAUGGACCUUGCUUUGUGCACUGGUGCACAGUCAUGUUGGAACAGGAAGGGGUAAUCCCCAAACUGUUCCCACAAAGUUGGGAACAUG